GGCGCGGGGCGGCAGCAGCACCAUGGGCCGGCGGCGCCGCGCCGCGCCCGCGCCUCACGGCGUCCCGCGCCGCCCGCCGCGCUAGAGCCGCCGCCAUGGGCUCGCACCUGCCGCCGCGCCCCGAGCCCCAGCUGGUGCUGCAGCUGGCGGCCGGGGCUCUGCAGGCGCAGAACUUGGAGGCGCCGGGCGGCGGCCUGGGGCCCGAAUGGCAGGUGCUGCUCGGGCGGGCGGACGCGCUGGCCUUCGGCGGGCGGCUGCACGAGGCGCUGCCGCUGUACCAGCUGGCGUCCCGCCACCAGCAGCUGCGCGCCGAGCAGCUGGAGAAGCUGGUGGAGUGCCUGGCGCAGAGCGUCCGGAUCAAAGAGGGGCUGCCCGGCGGCGGGCAGCCCGCGGCACCUCGCGACUGGGACGUCUUCAGGUGCCGCAAAUGCCAGGGCUUCCUCUUCGAGCCCGUUUCCUUGCCUUGCGGACACACGUUCUGCAAAAAGUGCCUGGAGAGGGACCGGGCGCCCGAGUCCCGCUGCGUCCUGUGCAAGGAGGCGGGCGGCGCGGCGGCCGGGCAGCUCCUGCGGGUCAAUGUCAUCCUCAGCAACCUGCUGACCAAGUGGUUCCCCUGCCAAGUGAAGGCUUCGCAGCUCCGGCACGAGGGGAACCUCCUCUACAAGGAGAAGAAGCUCCAAGCCGCCCUGCAGAAGUACAACGAAGCGGUCAGCCUAGCUCCAAAUGACCACUUACUAUAUAGCAACCGGUCCCAGAUUAACUCUACAUUGAAAGCUUGUGAAGAUGCAUUGCAUGAUGCAGAAACAGCAUGCAGGCUCCAGCCAUACUGGUUGAAAGGUCACCUAAGGAAAGGACAAGCAUUAGCUAAUCUGGGGAAAACAGAAGAAGCUUUAAGGGAGUUUCUAUUCUGCCUUGCUCUAGAUACUGGGAACAAGACAGCCAAGUCUGAGGCACAAAAGCUUCUACUUAGUUUGUUUUCACUCAUCCCGGGAAAUGCUCAGGAACACUUACCUGAUAUCCUGCAGCUGUUGUCACAUCACUCUAGAUUAAAGGGGAAUCUCCUAAAUUCAGUGGGAUCUGGAGGCACCAGCCAUAACCUACAAAGGUUGCUCAAGGUCAACGUGGAACAGAAAAAGGGUUUUUCCAUUCAAGAGGAACCAAAUGUAACUACUUCUGGUAGUUUGAGGAAAUCUAUACAAAUUACAGAGAGCAAAAAGGACUGCUCAGAGGAGGAGAACAAUUUCACCUCCAUGCCAGAGUCUACUUUUCUCAUCUCUGAGAAAUGCAGCCUCCUGAAAAGGAAGUGCUGCUCAGAAGAGAUGCGAAAUGCUGAGGUGCCCUGCAAACUGAUGAAGAAAGACAUAGUUGAUACUAGGGAAAAUAGUACUGGACAGCAUAUUCCAUUUGAAGUUGUGGAUCCAUCAGAUUUGGACUGCUCCCUGUGUAUGAGGCUCUUCUAUGAACCUGUCACUACACCUUGUGGACACACCUUCUGUCUCAAAUGUCUGGAGAGAUGCCUGGAUCACAACCCAAAAUGUCCCCUGUGCAAGGAAGGGCUCUCAGAGUGCUUGGCUAUGAGGAAAUUCUGUAAAACAGUGCUAAUGGAGGAGCUAAUAGCCAGAUAUCUUCCAGAAGAACUCACUGAAAGGAGAAAGAUUUAUGAAGAGGAAAUAGCAGAGCUUUCCAAUUUAAAUAAGAAUGUUCCCAUAUUUGUGUGCACAAUGGCUUAUCCUACAGUCCCUUGUCCUUUGCACAUCUUUGAGCCAUGUUACAGGCUGAUGAUCCGGAGGUGCAUGGAGACUGGCACCAAGCAGUUUGGGAUGUGCAUCAGCGACCCUGUCAAGGGGUUUGCAGAUUAUGGCUGCAUUCUGGAGAUAAGAAAUGUUGAAUUCUUUGCUGAUGGUCGCUCUGUUGUGGACAGCAUUGGCAAGAGGAGAUUUAAGGUGAUCCAGCACAGCCAGCGUGAUGGAUAUAAUACAGCAGAUAUUGAGUACAUUGAGGAUCAAAAGGUGCAAGGACAAGAGUAUGCUGCAUUACUUGUUCUCCAUGACUCUGUCUAUGAUCAGGCUUAUACAUGGUUUAACUCCCUCAAGCAAGCACUCAAAAGUCGAAUUCUCAGUCAUUUUGGUCCAAUGCCAGCCAAGGAUCCUGACCCACAGGCUAACCCCAACGGGCCAGCCUGGUGCUGGUGGGUGCUGGCUGUCCUUCCACUUGAGAACAGAGCUCAGCUGCCGUUCCUCGCCAUGAAGUCCCUCCGAGACCGCCUGAACGGCAUCAGACGUGUCCUUACGUUCAUGUCGCGCGCCAGGUCGCGGUGAUGGUGAGGAGCAGAGCUGGGCAGCCUCCCCAGUCCCUGACUGCAGACUGCCUCUUGUAACUUCAUCUAACUGCAAUAAUGUCUUACAGAUUCGAGUGUCAGGAUGUUUCAAGCCUGAAUUUCAAAGAGAAUGAGUUUUAAAGAGCAGGGGAUGUUUAUGGAUACUUCAAUAGUUUCCAUUUGGAACUGAGAUGAGUAUUCAAUCACUGCACUGCUAAAUUAACAACAAAUGUGAUAGAACAAAAAGUGUUCUUGUUUGCCAUAAACCUUUUAAAAAUCCUAAGGGUUUUUUAAUUUAUUUUAUUUUAUUUUUUAGUGGAUAAAGGAUAAACUGUGCAGUUUAAUGUGAAGCAGAAAUAAUAAGGUUAAUGCAUUAUUUCAGUGAACUGCAAAGUCUUUUAUUCAAAUGGUUCAGGUUUUAUAUAGCAUUGUGUAAAAUAAUGUUCACAACUUCUGUUGAUAAUUUAUUUUUGCACUAUGAUUUUUGUUUCAAAAUGUGUAUUAUUUAUGUGUUCAUUCACUAAAGGAAAGUGAGCUGCUUUAUUUAUGUUUUUACCCUGUACUUAUGACUGGGGGCAAAAAUGAUUCUAGCAGUGCACAAGUGACUGCUUUGAUAAUUUUUCAGUUAUUUGUGUUCAGAUACUUUGAAUGUUUUUCUACUCAUCCCCAGUUCUACUCUAGCUUAAGAAUACCCCCAAAACAUCCUGCCUUGAAGUCUUUGAAUACACAGAUUGUCUGAGUUAAUUCAAGCACAGCUGUUGAAGGUUCAUCCUAUGCUUGUGGCGACGUUCCUGAUACAACCAAACAGUCAAGCACCUGCUUAAGCAUGUGUUUAAGUGCUUGGGUAAAUUCAGGUAUUGAUGGUUAAUGUCAGUGGGAAUUGACCUUAGUGGUGACAGAAGGAUCUAUCCCCUAAUAUUUCACAAAGCAGAAUAACUUUAAGUUGAAUUUAUAUCUGAACCCUUUCUUGCAAAAAUGGACAAUGGCAACAAACAACUGCGAAGAAAGAGCUGCAAUAUAUGGAAAGUGGCUUAUCCUAGAGAAAACUGGAAGUACUGGUGUCAUUUCAUUGUAGGUUAAUACAUAGAUUUUUUUUUUUUCAUCAACUCUUGUUGCUGUUAAGAUGAGUUUUAUUUCUUUUAAUUGUUUGGUGGGAUUUGGCUUUGGAGUGUGUGUACGGGAUGGGGAGGGGGGGAGUUACUUUGAACUGUAGGACUCAGAGGGUAGUUUGUGUCACAUAAGAAGGAAUAUGUUGUAAUAAAUGCUAUUUAUUUCACCCCAAUCUUCAGGUUUCUGUUAGCUUCAAAUCUCUACCCAGGCAUUGCUUUUCUCUUAAGAGAUUGGGUAGUGUUGCUAAUAAUAGUUAUUUCCCAAGGAAAGCAAGUGAAUUUUAGUGUGAUUACUUCUAGCUAUAAAGCAGGUAAAAAUAGGGCAGAAAUGAGAACAGGAAGUAUCUUGGGUUUGAUUUUUUUUUUUUUUAAUCAACAGUUCAUAUACUUGUUUUGCUGCUUUUAUUGCUUACAGUGUACCACUUUCUGGGAUUGAUCUUACCUCCAUCUGAUUUUGACUUUCGCUGAUUUCAAUGUGAGCAAAACUGGGCCUUUUAUUCUAAGCUACUGUUUUCCUUUUCAGUGGCAAAAACUAGAAUGAAGUGAGAAUGUUAUUGAAUGCUAUAAAUUUCUUUGGGGUUUUUUUUACACAGCAUAGCACUCUGCCAUUUCAUGCCUUUAUAAAAAAAAUUCAAUAGAAUUUAAUGUCAUUUUUCUGCAUGUUUUUCCAUUAUCUCAUCAGAAAUAUUUAUUAGUUAAAAGUAGUUUCCAUAAAGCUACCUUUGUUCCCCUUUUGUUAAAUUCUGUAGAACAUUUUUAUAAGGGUACCAAAGCAACAAAUGGAAGACAAACAUGUUUCACCCAUGUGGUACACAUGGAGUCUGUAUCCUGUUUGCAUUGAGCUACUUUGGAAAUGCUAUAACUUCCUUCCAUCCUGCUGGAUUGCUGCACGUCCUCCAUGAGUGGUACUUGGCAUGCUGUAAACAAUAUAGAAAAACACCAACAUGUUCUGAACAGUACCAAGUGAUGGUGGCUGACACCUGCUAUGGCGUUUUGUCUUCAUAAGUCAACAACAAAGUGAUUUCUACUUGUUUGGAAGUGAAGCUGCAGUAAAUGCAAUUCUUCCUCAAACCAUUAUGUACUAUUGCAGAGCAUAAGUGUCUCAUAUUGCUCCCACAGGAAGAAAAAGCUUCCACUUUUGUUACUCUUAUCUGUGAGAAAAGGAGCUUAAAUACCUAAUUUAAACUGUUUUCUCACUGAUGUAAUUAGUUUAUUUAUCCUGCAUGCUGUGUCUUCUACAUACUCAUUCUGCCUAUUUUGUUGUUUUAGAAACUGUCAUGGAAAGAAUCCUUAAUUUUAAAGAUGAAUAUUGUCUUUUCUGUUAGCCUUGUGUAAAGCUGCCAGAAUUUCCAAGCAGAGACUUGUGUACAUGCCCUGCAUCAUGAACACCCAGUGCAUUUGUUGCAGCCUGGAAACACUUGACCUGCUGCAUUUAAUGCAAACAGGUGUUCUACAUAUGCACAACAAACCAAAAUUCCAUCUGUACAGGUACAGUAGCAUUCUUUCUGGGGCUGCUCUAUGGCCACACAUCCUAGAUUAAUGGCUAAAGUCUGCAAAUUCCAUCAGCAAUGAAAACCAAUACUGGGAAAGGUAUAUGCUAGAGAACACAAAUCUCUCCAGGAAAAACUGGACAAGGAGUGCCCUUAGCCUUUAUUAUUUUGUGAUGGUAAAAUUUCAGUAAUGCUGUUUAAAACAAAAAAAAAUCUAGGUAUGCCACACUAUCAUUGAUUUUUUUUUUUUUGAGUUGCAUAAGUAAGUACAAGGAUGUAAAUGCAAUGUUUAUCACAGGCAUGAAUAAACAGCUGAACAGAUUUAAAAAUACCUUCAGUUUAAUUAUAGAAAUAGCAUUGAUCAGAUAAAAUACUAAUUGGAGGAAUAUUUUAUUUAAGCUGCUCACAUUUUGCUAGGCAUCAAAUGCAGUUUUAUAACCAGUCUUGCUCAUCUGCUAAAAACGAAAAAGCCAACAGACCAAAUAAUGACUCAAACUUGCAUUUCCUGUGGUCAGAAAUAUUGAUUAAUCGUUGCAGGGGCAUAAGUAAUGCAUAGGCUGCUUAGAUAGUAGUUCAGUAGUUUUAAUAAUGAAAUGAUAAAAUGGUGUGAUAGGCCUUUAUGGUAAGUCUUGAGUGGCAUUCUGGCGUUAGUUGUAAAAGCUCCUCUUGCUUUUUUUCUGUAAUUACUUGAAUUGCUGCUAUCUUCCAUUACAAUGUAGCAAUAAGAGAUCCCGGCUGGCAGACUGACGGCUGCUGUGCUGCUCGGCCUGUCCUGUCCUGUAUGACUGCUUACACCUCAACCAUGGAUUUAUUAAUCCAAAGAUUGUCUUCAUCUAAAAAAACAAAAAAGUGGAUUUGGAUGUAGCAGGUCUGUCUUAAUCUGUGCUGUAGAGAAAGAGCUUCACAGAGUUGAGUUCUGUUUUAGAUGGUCUUUUCACAGAAUCAUAGAAUCUCAAGUUGGAAGGGACCUCAAGGAUCAGCUGGUCCAACUUUUCUUGGCAAAAGCAUGGUCUAGACAAGAUGGUCCAGCAGGCUAUCCAGCCAAAUCUUACAAGUGUCCAAUGCUGGGAAAUCCAACAGUUCCCUGGGAAAAUUAUUCCAAUGGCUGAUUGUUCUCAUUGUGAAAAAUUUUCUUUUUAAUGAUUUUUACUUGGUGCUGAAGUUUUACUGGUGUUUAAAUCAAUGAGAGGAGUUAUAUUUAAAUGCAAUGUUUAGGAAUGGAGAACAUGUUCACAAAUACUUAUUUAAAAAAAGGAAGUGAAAAUUAGUUUUUUGUUCAUAAAAACCCCAUGGACCUAUAUGCACUUAGGGUAGUGCUCCCAUUUCCCCAAAUCCUACAUCAGAUGAGCACAAUCCCUCUUUUCAGCCCCUGCUUAGUUCUCAUUCACAACUGAAAUUGUAACUAGUGCAGCACCUAGUUUAGGAACUGGGGUUUAUUUCCAAAGCCCAGUAAAUCAUUGGAAGUCUUAUGGCAAUAGCAAAAUGGUAGUUUGAGCAAAGUCACUCUCUUGAAACACUUUGCUAAAUAAAUAUUGUUUGAAAGAAGAAGGAAAUUAAUCUGCUUAGACAGGAUUAAAAUGGUGGAUAAUAAAAACCUGAACUAUUACAUUGACUUACUCAUCCAGGUAUCAUGUGAAGUGCUUACUAAUGUUGGAUUUUCAUAAGGUCUAAAGUAACCCUCACAUAGAAGUGCCUGUAUUAUGUUAUUGCCAUUCUUGAGCUUUUUAAUAGUCAUAGCCAUAUAUUUUAUAAAUAUAAAACAUAUGCACCUUUUAAUCUUUACAUUCAGUUUGCAGAACAAAGGUUUACAGAGCAGAAGUGUAGCAAAAACAAUGUAAUAGCUUCUAUAAUUCCCUGAUAAGGAACAGGAGAAGUAUAAAAAUGAGGAGCAAAAGACUGUGUAAGAUGUCUUAAUUUGGAACCAUAUACUUGUCCAAUUUAAUUCCAUCAAGUUAUGUGGUUACAAGAGUGCCAGAAAUAUAUCUCUCAAGCCAUUUUAAACAAAAAGUUUUGUGGACUUGUAAUAUUCCAUUUGUUUGUAAAACAUCCUUUUGUGCACUGUAAUGAACUUGAAAUGAAACUUAAGUUAUACUCUCAUAUCACUGGACAGAGUACUGUUCAGCUACCUCUACAUAAGUUUGAAGUAAUUUGUUUUUUCCGGAUUUGUUUGCAUUGUCAUAUAAAAUAUAUUUUAAAAAAAUCAUAGUCCAAAGAACCUGUAUGUGUUUGUAGAUGUACUUAUAACUAUGUUGUACCAACAAAGUCUGUGUGGAGAGUUGUUUCCUAAUUAAAAUUUUUGUCUUCUUUA